UGUGCAUGAAUGAAGGAGGAAAUGGUGGAGCCAGCGGUGAUAGGGACGAGGAACGUGAUAACAGCAGCGGCGGAAGGUGGAGUGGGGCGGGUGGUGUUCACAUCCUCAAUCGGUGCGGUGUACAUGGACCCGAAUAGAGAUCCGGACACGAUUGUGGAUGAGAGCUGUUGGAGUGAUCUGGAGUUUUGCAAGAACACCAAGAAUUGGUACUGCUACGGGAAGACGGUAGCGGAGAAGACGGCGUGGGAGGAGGCGCGGAGAAAAGGAGUGGACAUAGUGGUGAUCAACCCGGUGCUGGUGUUAGGGCCCUUGCUGCAGCCCACUGUGAAUGCCAGUGUGCAACAUACUCUCCUAAAGAUUAUACAUACUCUCCAUUUGGGAUUUUUCCGAACUUUCUGACCGCAUUAUACAUACUCUCCUCCGUUUGGUACUCCGGGAUUAGAUGAUAAUACAUUAUUCUCUCCGGUGCACCGGGAUCGGUAAGCUGAUCGACGCUAAGCUUUGCCAUGGCUUCAUCGUUGGGGGCUAAAACCGUCAACACGUAACCUUCAGACACUAGUUUUCCCAUUUCAGUAGCCAAUGAUGUCAGGUUUACAAGGAUAUCGGCGAACUCGUUGUACCCGCCGUAAUGCAGUAGGGUUUGGAUGAAGUCCUUGACUUGGCUUUCUCCGUCGAAGUGACGGUGGGGUGCGCCGGGUCCCGGAGCCGGCGCCGGAGCUAGUGAUGGGCCCGGGGCCAAGGCGUCAUAGACAGAUAAACCAGAUGGGGC